AUGGAGGAGGAUGUUCCUCAGGUGACUGAGGAUGUCCCUCAUAUGGCUGACGAUGUUGCUCAGAUGAGUGAAGAUGCGCCUCAGAUGACCGCGGACGUAGAUGCGACUGUUGCAGAGGACUUAGGUCAUGAUGGUGCUGAGGGGUCACGUGCUGAUGAGGGAUUCCCUGGUGGGCCCCGUGACCCAUCAGUUCUGACUUCAUUUGCGAAGCAUGUCGCACAUGCUAUUUGGACUGGACAGGAGCGUCUUGAGCUAAAGUUGGUGUCGCACGGGAGGAAGGUGACGUUAAUUGGGAGGCCAGUGCCUGCGAUUGAAAGGCUGGUUGUUGCCACAGGAUUAAGUCCAUUGAUCGAGUGUUCAGUUGUAACCGGCGAUCCUGGACUUAUAUCCAUAUUUGUGGAGAGGUGGCACAGGGAGACCAACACCUUCCACCUUCCAGUAGGAGAGUUGACAAUCACACUAGAUGAUGUGUCAUCACUCCUCCAUCUCCCUAUCAGUGGCGCCUUCCACAGCUUCCCGGCUCUUUCCGUGGACGAGGUAGUAUUUUUGUUGAUGGAGUUGCUCGAGGUGUCCAGUAAGGAGGCUAGAGCCGAGACAGCACAAGUGCGCGGGGCAUAUGUACGCCUCUCAUGGGUUCGGGAUAUGUAUGAGAUGAGAUGCCAGGCACGACGAUGGAUUGUAGCAACUCGUGCUUAUCUCCUGCACCUGUGUUGGAUCUAUGAGCAUUUUCCGAGUGAGCAUCAGUGCGUCACCGAUGAUGCGUAUGAGGAGACGUCCCCUUGUGCCUCCCGGUGGCUGACGACGAAGGCUCAUAUGAAGAGAAUUACAGGAGCGCCGUACCAGGCACGUUGGGAUGCUUUGACGAUCACAGACGUGUGCUGGUUGCCUUACAGUGACCAUCGAGGGGUUAAGGGGUUUGAGCUGAUUUCAUCAUUCCAGGGUAAGUUGAGAUGGGGUCCUACGGUGGUUACAGUUCGACCGGAGAGGGUGCUAUGCCGGUUUUGGUACAUUCAGAGCAUUCCUCCGCCGUUUGUUAGCGCUUCGUUGUCAUAUGAUGAUAUAGAUGACAGAUGGAUGCAUUUCUCGGACCAUGCAACAGCUGUGGGUGACCUUUAUGUAGUGCCUGGGCAGGAUGAUUACGAAGGCUAUGAGGCGAUCGCAGAAAGGUUGGAGCGUGUGCUCAACCUUAGGAUGGUCACUGCAGGGACAGAGUUACAUGAUAUCAUGCAAGAUUGCCUGAGGAUAGCCAGGGGGGUGCCAGCACAGAUGGAAGUGUUAGGGCUCGACAAAGGUGGCGCACAGAGCAUUGAUGAUGUUUUUUAUGUUUUGUAG